AUGUAUGAGUACGACGCAGGAGUACACGUAGUGCAUUCGCCCUAUGCGUACACUGAUCCUGAAUCCAUUCGCCAGCGAAUAGAAAAGAGAAACAAGGAGGACCGGAAGCCCUUUUGUCCAAAUUCCCAAUGCUGCCCUCCGCAGCGCUCCGCUUGGAAGUUCUGGGCAGUUGCUCUCAGUCUUGUCUUAAUUAUCUGCUUCAUUGGAAUUGCAAUUUGGGUCGCAUGGACCCGUUCGAGCUCCCUACAGAGCACUGACGAAGGACCCCAGGGUCCAGAGCUCCCACCAGCCAUCUGCUACAAGUGCAACAACUACGCUCACGUAAUGGAUGGCCGCGAAGUCAAUUCUAACGUCGAUGUGGAGAGGGCGGAAGGUGGAGCCGCGGAAGUAGCGGGAGCAUUGGGAGUGGCUGUAAACGUUGGUGACCCACGUAGGGAACUAUGCCAAGAAUUUGUGAAUCGCACCGCCCUUGCGGAGACACAAUCGCCGGCAGACGACGACUGUGGUGACAGCCUCUACAACGGGUGCUUCAAAAUGACCACAAAGAGUUAUCGGCUCACAGCUAAUGUUGGACGCGAACAGUUAAGUGUUACUAUUGUCACGCGGAACUGUGUCGAAAUACCGCGGAGCAUUCCACUGGGGUGCUAUAAGACUUUUGGCGGAGCCGGAAUGGAAAGAGAGACGUGUUAUUGCAAAGGAAAUUAUUGUAAUUUGAGCUCAGGCCUCUGGUUCGGGGCUCUUAUAGAAGUAGCGCCACUCCUCGUCACUAUUUUUUUCGUCUAA